UGUCCCAGUUAUCUUUAUUUUAAAAUUUUAACAAUAUUUGUGUCAAAUUGUUAAUUUAUGUAAAUUAAUUAUUAAACCCUUUUGCAAUAUUGUUGAAUUCGCUUGCAAUUUCUCCGACAUCCUGCAAAGCUUGAAGCUUUCUCCUACAAGAGAAGGUUUCUCAACCUGUGGGAUUCAGUAGAAAAGUUGUGUAUUUGCUGAAGGUAUUCAAUUUUGUUGGAGUUCUCGUGGUGAAAUGGUUGAUCACGGGAUUGGCAAGGAUACAAAAGCUUUAGAAACUCCGAUGGAGAGAGGCCAGGAUGAGGAGGAGUCUAAUAGUACAAAUCAAAUUGAUGAUUCUGAUGUGUCAUUUACAUUGAGAGAGAGACAGGGUGAGGGGGACAGUCUCAAUGGAAGUUCUAACGAUCGACAAGAUAAUCAGUCUACGGAUGGUGAGUUUGAUUUGCCUUCGACACCUCUGGCCAACGUUCAACAAUCAAAUUUGUCCCAGUCAUCAUCUGCAGUAGAGGUCUCUUCGGUGAAUGAUCUCAGUCUUACUCCUUCGCCUCGGAUGCGCAAAGGAUUGGAGCAUUGCAUUACAGCACCUGUGGAGAGAACCCUCUUCCUUGAAAAUGAAGAGCUAGCAUUUACGCGGUCAAUGACUGAGAAAGGGAUGGGCAUGGGUAGUCCAUUGUCUGCUCUAAAGUUGGAUAGACUCUCAGAACGUGAGAAGAAACAAUUAAUUGUGGAGAUAAUGAAGAUCCAAAGGGAUGGAACUGUGGAGGUUGACCUCACUAAGGAUUCUCCUGUAGCUUCAACGUUAUUAGAGCUCCAUCAGUUGGAUAGAGUUCCUUCUGCUAUUGAUUAUAUUGUUACCGAUCAUAAUAAAUCGGUUCCAAAACUAAAGAUUGCAGUGCUUGUAGUUGGAACAAGAGGAGAUGUACAGCCAUUCCUUGCUGUUGCAAGGAGACUUCAGGCAUACGGUCAUCAUGUAAGGUUGGCAACUCACUCCAAUUUCCGUGGAUUUGUGAAGUCAGCUGGGGUGGACUUUUACCCGCUUGGUGGCGAUCCUCGUGUUUUGGCUGGAUAUAUGGCCAGAAAUAAAGGUCUUAUUCCAUCAGCGCCAGGAGAGAUUGCUAUACAACGCAAACAAAUAAAGGCUAUUAUUGAAUCUCUGCUUCCAGCCUGCACAGAACCAGAUCUAAUAACUGGCGAACCUUUCAGAGCGCAGGCAAUUAUUGCAAAUCCUCCUGCUUACGGACAUGCACAUGUGGCUGAAGCUCUUGGUGUUCCCAUGCACAUUUUCUUCACAAUGCCAUGGACGCCUACGUAUGCAUUUCCUCACCCAUUAGCACGUGUGCCUCAAAGUGCAGGAUACUGGCUCUCGUAUAUUCUUGUUGACUUACUGAUAUGGUGGGGUAUAAGAGGACUUAUUAAUGAGUUCAGGAGAAACAAACUGAAGCUUCCCCCUAUUGCAUACUUCAGCUCAUAUCAUGGGUCGAUUUCUCAUCUACCGACAGGCUACAUGUGGAGUCCCCAUGUCGUACCCAAGCCAGAUGAUUGGGGGAACCAGGUUGAUGUUGUCGGCUACUGCUUUAUGAACCUUGGAUCAAAGUAUGAACCAUCUGAAGAAUUUGCUGAGUGGAUACAAAAGGGAUCUCAACCAAUUUAUAUUGGGUUUGGAAGCAUGCCUCUAGAUGAUUCAAAUAAAACUACAAACACAAUCUUGGAGGCUUUAGAGAUUACAGGCCAAAGAGGAAUAAUUGAUCGAGGCUGGGGAGACCUCGGUAAUUAUUCAAAGAUUCCCGACAAUGUUUUCGUGCUUGUGGAUUGCCCUCACGACUGGUUGUUUCCUCAAUGCUCCGCUGUGGUUCAUCAUGGUGGAGCUGGGACUACAGCAACUGGACUAAAAGCAGGGUGUCCGACGACCAUUGUUCCGUUCUUUGGGGAUCAGUUUUUCUGGGGUGAGAUAAUCUACCAGAAAGGACUCGGGCCUGCUCCGAUUCCCGUAUCGCAGCUAACCGUUGAAUCCCUCACAGAAGCUAUAAGAUUCAUGCUGCAUCCAGAGGUGAAAUCCCGGGCAAUGAAGGUAGCAUCUCGUAUCGGAAAAGAAGAUGGUGUUGGAGCCGCGGUCGAUGCUUUCCACCGCCACUUACCAGCGGAGGUCCCGUUGCCGCCACCGUCUCCGCCCCCGGAGAAGGACGACGGCCCAGAUCCUAUGCAAUGGCUGCUCACUCAGAUUGGUAGAAUCUGCUGCUGGGCUUGUGGUUCUUAGAUUUUGUUACCAUUGUACAUAGAUUUAGGUUACUAUUCAUUUAUUUAUUUUUAUCAUUAUUAAAUCUUUGGGCGUUGCUCGUUACUUGUAAGUUGAAUUUAAGUGAAGUGCAUAUAAAUAUGUUAAGUUUUUAUA